GACGCACGAGCGGUCGGCGCGUGGUGGCGGAGCGGCUCCGCGGGGCGCUCACAGCGCUGUGCCCGCAGCGCUCCGCUCCGCUGCCGCCUGAUGAGCGCCGGCCGUUCGCGGAAGGCGUUUCUCGGCUUGUUUUAUUCACUGCUGGCAAAAAGCUGUUCUCAGAGCUGUGGGGUCGGUAAAUAGCAGCGUUGAGCAGCUCUGAUUGUGUCGCACGGUUGAAAUAGUGUGAGCACGGGGGAGGAAUGGCACCCCGAAAGUCUGCUGCGCCCUGAAAAAAAAAAAAAAAAAAAAAAAAAAACGGCCACGUGCAAAACUGUUCCCAAAUGUGAACGGGUUGGGGUGAGGAAUGGAGCGGGGUGAGGGACCUGUUGUUCUCCGCCCGGCAGGCAUUGCUGCGGUGUGCCUGCUCUGUGCUGGGCACGGUUACUUCGGGGCCAAACCGACUGUAGAGUGUUUCCAGUGAUCGCAUCGACUGAUCGCACUGCAAUCUUGUGAAUAUGUAAAAGCCCCGAGAGUUAAAACUGCGAUUGUCACCAGUUGGUUUUCCGCUGCCAGAAGCUCUUAACGCGGCAGCAAAUCCUCGGCUUCUCCCCAGAGGAUCCCUCAAAGUACGUUUGUCGCUCUGCCGGUUACGUAUUUUCAGCGUAGCGUCGUAUUUAAGGAUGCCAGGUUUGUACUGCAUCAUCCAUGAGUCACAGCCCUCAGGAGAACGCGUUUCAGUGCAAGUACCCGAAAUAACAGUUGGUUGUCGGCCGCUGCUGGCAGCUGAGCGUCCUGAAGUUCCUGAAGCCUGAGAUAACCGGAGCCGUGGCACUGUGCAGCCUUUCCUCAUCCUGAGGCAGGAGGAUGGCUCACGCGCUGCCUCUGCCCAUUCCCUGCCCGGUGCAGCUUGGAAGUUUGAAAGGAGACUCUCUGGAAGCUCAACUGCAUGAGUGUGUCCGGCAGGGGAACUGUGGGAAGGUGAAGAAGCUCCUGAAGAAAGGUACUUUUGUUGAUGCUGUCAAUUCCAUGGGCCAGACCUCUCUUUUCACUGCUGCGCUGUUAGGCCUUGGUAAGAUAGUGGAUGUGCUCCUGGAUUAUGGCUCAGACCCUAACCAUCGCUGUUAUGAUGGAAGCACUCCAGUCCACGCAGCAGCUUUCUCAGGAAAUCAGUGGGUUCUUAGCAAGUUACUGGAUGAAGGAGGUGACCUGAGAGUGCAUGAUGAAGGUGGGAAAAAUCCCCAGUACUGGGCUAUGUCAGCUGGGAAAGAAAGCAGUGCUCAGAUGCUGGAAUUCAUACAGCGUUGUACAUUCCACAUGCAGGCUGCUAUUCAGAAUUUUCCCUGUGAUCCAGUGAGGAAGAUUUGCUCAUCAAAAGCAUUGGUUUCCAGUCCAUCCAGGUUUGGUGGCCUUGUUCAAGGAAAUGCUGACAGUCCUCUGGGUAGAUUUCUGAAAGAUGAAGUUAAUGCAGCCAAGAACAUCUAUAGCUUUGGUUUUGGAAAGUUCUAUCUUGCAGGCAGCAGGCAUGUAGGGUACUUGGCAUCUCUCCCUAUUAUUGGGGAAAAAGAAGUGGUUCAGGCAGAUGAUGAACCAACGUUUUCUUACCAUGUUGGACCGUGCAUGAUCAUGACAAACUUGAUGUGGGGGAGCAGCAGAGUGACAGUGAAGGAACUCAGCUUUCAGCCCCAUCAGAACUGUGCUAAGCUACGCUUAGCUGAUCUUCUCAUUGCAGAGCAGGAACAUAGUAGUAAACUCCGUCACCCACAUUUGCUGCAGUUGAUGUCUGUCUGUCUGUCCAGUGAUUUGGAGAAAACCCGUUUAGUGUACGAGAGGGUCAACUUUGGUUCUUUGUACAGCAUCCUGCAUGAAAGGCGUGCAGAAUUCCCAGUGCUGCGCAUGGAGACUAUUUUGCAUAUACUUCUUCAAAUUAAUGAUGCUUUACGUUUUCUGCACUCCCGUGGAUUUAUCCACCGUACAAUUACCUCCUAUGCUAUUCAGAUUGUUUCUUCUGGUGAAGCAAAGCUAUGCAACAUGGAAUACAUGAUAGAGAGCAAGGAUGGUGGAGAACACAGUGAUCUGACACGUAUUCCUGUGCCAGCCCAGCUGUAUAAAUGGUGCUCUCCUGAAGUAAUCCUUGAAAAGAGUGUCACAGUGAAAUCGGAUAUUUAUAGUUUCUGUACAGUAAUGCAAGAAGCCUUGACAGAGACCCUUCCCUGGAAAGGUAUUGAAGACUCUGUAAUUAAACAGCUCAUAAUUUCAGGACAGCAGUUGGAAGCAGAUGUCAGACUUCCUGUACCCUAUUAUGACAUUGUAAAGUCAGGGCUAGAAUCUAAACAGAAGAACCGCUCCAUGACCCUACAGGAUAUUCAGUACAUACUGAAAAAUGAUUUAAAGGACUUGACUAAGUCUCAGAGUUGUCAUGCUGAUGAAAUGGCAAAAGCACAAAGGCCUGCUGUUUUUGCAGAUAUAAACAUCUGUUUGUCAUCAACUUUCAGCUACCGGAAGAGAACACUGGAAUUGAAUGAAAAAGGGAUAACAGAGGCUGACAGUUCUGCUGCCCCAAGGUACCCCAUUUUUCCUGAAGAGAAUAAUGCUUUAGUGGACCUUGAGGCACCCACCAGUCUGCAGCUAGCUGCACAGGAAAACAAUCAUGAUGCAGCUUCUGAAACCCAGAUGACCUGCAGUGUCAGUGAUGUGGAUGACAGCCUCUGUAGCUUUGAAAUGAAUGAAGUCUUUGCCAGUUGUCCUGACUUUCAUGAAGACUUCCUGGAAGAAGGAGCUGAACUAAGUCAAACGCUAAAGGAUAAAAAAAGACAGCAAAAGGAAAAAGAUGAAAAUGUCCUUGGAGACCUGUUCUUGUCCCCUGGAAUGUGCUGUGAGGAAAAGCCAGUUUAUGAGGAAGGCAGCAUUUCAGAGUCAGUUGCAGAGUACACUACAGAAGAGGAGGAAGGGAAAAGUGAGGCCUCUGACCUGAACAUGCUGGCACAGGUGAGAGGAGAUGCUGGCAGGAGGAGUACUCUGUCCUCGAAUGAACAUCACAUCAGUAAAUGUGUCCUUAAUUUAAAGAUUGUUCAGAGCAUGUUACAGCAGGCAGCAGAGUCCCUGUGCAGAACAGAGGAAAAACUGGACAAAUUAGAGGCAGUUGAAAAGCAAAGGAAGCUUCUGCAGGAAGUUUGGACAAAUCAGCUUUCUAAGCAAGUUUUUCGUGACAGACCCUGUAACAGAUCUGAUGAUUUUUAUCAAAAUAUUGAUAGCCCUUUCUCUGGAGCUCAUGCUUUUCUAUGGAAGGCUGUAGGUCCGCCAUCAAGUGACUAUAUUCCACCUCUGGUGACGUGCCAGUCACAAGGAGCUCUGCGUGGAGAUGGCUUCCAGACUGUUUCAAAUGUGUCAGAGGAAAUGUGGGCAAUUCAGAAUGAAAAGUGGAAAUGCUUUCAUCAGAGGAGUAAGGGUACAAAAGAAAACAGCCAGCAUGAUCUCAGCUUCAGUGAGGUGAAAAGCCUUGAUGAUCAAGUGGACCUAGACCACAAGCAUUUACUCCCACGUGUGUCUGUUAGAUGCAAAAAAAAGUUCAACUUCCAGUAUCAGAGAGGGAGUGACUCACAUUCUUCAGCAAGUGGAAGCAAAGAAGAGAGGUGGUGCUAUCCAAAAUCAGCAUCUGAAAUUCACAGCAUGAAAAUAAACGAGGAGAGAAGGAUGAUGCAACCGGAAUGGAGAACUGAAGUAAGGCAAAUGGCUAGAAAAGUGGCCUCAGGACAACUAGAACUGAUUGCUCCAUAUCUAGCCAGUGAUUGUACGUCUGAAAGUGAAGUGGAGAGUAUAAAGGAAGCAUUUCAACAUGUCACUAGUAGAGUCCAAAAAGGUAGAGACCAACGAGAAGAUAGAUGGCGUACAGGUGACAAUGCUGAGCCUUGGGAUGGGGGCUGUGAGGAUGGAUCUGAAUCUGAGGAGAGUGAUCUGGAGUCUAUAUUCAGAAGUUCUGGAGGGGGAAGUUGCCAGUCACCAUCACAAGAUGAGCAGGCAGAAUCUGGACUAUCUGUUCAUAAGAAUUCAGUCACUUUUCAGCAAAUUGAAACUGUCUCUAGGGGGCAUUCAAGAGAACUACCUUGUUCCUUUAGUUCAUAUCCCAGUGAGUCUGAAGAAUUCUUGACUCCAGAUCCUGAUUAUUUUCUUCCUGCUGCUGUUGAGGAAAGCUCAGAACCAAAGAAACAGAUGCCUGAAGAUGCAGGGUCGGGUAUUCGCGUAUCAGGAGGAAAAAUAUUAUUCUGCGGCACAGCAGCACAGAACUCUGGCAAUAACACACGAGGAGUGAAUCAGCUUAGCCAUAUGCCUGUAGCCAGUACUGAAGCAGCACAAGAAGUGAUAUCAAGGGAGCUGCAGGAAGACUCUGAAGAAAAAGACAUAUCAGUGACAGAUAUUCAGGAUUUGUCAAGCAUUCCCUGUAAGGAAGAGAACUACUACGAGGAUAUAAAUUGUAGAUCACCUGGAGUGAGUCACGCACCACCGAGUGUCAGCACUCCAAUCAGUUCAGAGGAAAGAAUUCCGGUGGCCUUUGAGAAGCACAGAUGUUGCCAUGAAGUAGUUUUGGAUUCUUCCUCAUGCAUUUGUCAAGAGGUUUCCUCUGCAGUGUCCAGGACUUUCACCACAGCCUAUGAAGAGGAAAGGAGCACUGAAGUUCUCUCUUCCUCUCCAAGCGUUUGCUCCUCUGGAUUGAAUGAGCCUGGUGGAUUCUCAGCUGUUGCUUCAUCCUCGAGAAGCACCAGGAAGGCACCUGCGCUCGCUCAGGCACCUGUCCACCUCGUGGAUGAGCUCCCUGCACCAGCCCAAGAGCUGCUGGAUGAAAUUGAGUGUUUAAAGCAGCAAGAUUCCAUUGCUCGAGACUCCGUGGAAGAGGGACUGUGUGACUGCAGGGUGCAAAAAAAUGAUUCUGAUCGAAUUAAAAUGGAAGGCACAGAGGCAAAAAAAGAAAUUGAGAUAAGUGAGAAGUGUGAUUGCAGUGUGUGGACUAUGGAGACAUUUAAUCUAGCAGAGGAAACAGAAAGGGCUCACUCUACUCUUGAUGACGCUUUGGAAAGAAUUCUCUAUGCUGUGCCUGCAGAUGAGCAAAUUCAAGAACAGCAACAAGAAGAUGAGGAAAUUCAGGGCUGUGCUCUUGGGGCUGCAAGCCUGAGAGAUCCACGAGAUAUUGGAAGGAAGAAAGGAGCAGAGGAAGGUGGAGCCAGGGCACGAAGCAGUGAGGCAGAUGGCUGUGCUGGGAGUUCAGAAGGCAAGCACUCUGAAGGUCAGAAAUUCCGCUUAUGGGAGCAACAGUCUUCAGCUUCUCCAUUCAGGGUAAUUGUUUUGGAUCAGAACAGUUCUCCUACGUGAUUAGAAUGGAUAGCGAAUACAUCUUAAUACAUCAGCUGCUUACUGCUGCUGGUACAGUAUUCAGCCUGUGAACUGCAGCCCUUUUGUGGUCACAAAGACUUUUAAUGCUCAGACUUGUUUGAUCUGCAGCAGCAAGAACUGACAAAAUUGGAGUGCUUUACUUUAUAGUGCAGUUUAUACUGUUUUUAGCCACUGUUUUCUAUCAGGUAUACUGCAAAGGUGAUCUGUUUUAUAUCGGUUUUACUGCAAAGGUGAUAUGUUUUCAGAAUAGAACAGCCUUAGUAAGCUGGCUGUUUGUUUUUCUGUAUGCACACUUUCAGAACCAAAAUAAUUUAUUUAUUUUUUUGCUCUUUUGCAUUACACAGUUUUCAGUGUUACAGACAAAAUGACUGUAAUUCUGUGAACUGCUGUUACUGCUCAGACUCAUCUAAUUUUUCCUUGCUGGAGUGUGGAGCGCUGUGUUGCAGCCCACGUGGUGUAUGUUUUUCCUUGCUCAUUAAAUUUAACAAGGGUAAUUUCUUGUUUUCUCUUCUCUUAGUGCUUUUGUGAUCUCGCGUUGAACUGAUUUGACUGAUAAAGGGGAUUAAUUGCUGUGCAGAAAGUUAAUGAGAAAAAAGCAGUGUUCUUUCAGAGAUGCAACUGCACCAAUAUUUUCCCUGUCAGCAUUCAACAAGAGUAUAGAAAAGUUAGCAUUACUGAGAUAGCUGUUGUUUAAUUAAACCACGCUUCUGUGGUCCAAAAAAGGUCCCUGGGAAGUAAUUGUGUUUUGGAUCAGGCUUUUGAUGGGCACAGCGAGUUCAUGUUUAACUGUUGUGAUUAGCACUGCCCAGGUGCAGGAUGUGUAAAGAUGGUCCUUAUCUCUGUUGAACACAGGGCAAUUCUAUGGGCAUUCUUACAGUUUUGUGUACCAUGUGUUUCUCUUCCAUCCUUGAUCAAGGAGGGAAAUUUUGCCUGUAAGUGUUAGUUAAUUUGGUUUAAUGAUACUAAUAAAAAUGUCUAAGCUUAA